GAAAAGGAGGGGUUCAAGUUCAAUUAGGACAGCCCCCAAAAACACAGUUCUCACACACACAGAGAGAGCGCAAAAAGAAAGAAAGGAGAGCAGUCACACAGACAGGCAGAGAGAGGGAAGCCCCGUGUUUAGAACCGCUCCGGCUGAUGUUAAUCCCGGAGUGAAACAAGCCAUGAAUUCUGUAGGCAGGUCGUGGCUGCUGCUUACAGGCUUCGUGCUGUUCUAUGUCAUCUACCUGCUGUUCGGAGCCCUGAUGUUCUCCAGCAUCGAGCGGCCGGUGGAGGACAAGCUGCGACAAGACAUGGAAGCCCUGAAGCAAGAGUUUCUGAACCAGAGCUGCGUCAACUCCACGUCGCUCGAACUCUUCCUGGUCAAAGUGCUGACGGCCAACAAGUACGGCGUCUCCGUGCUCGGAAACAGCUCCGUUACCUCCAACUGGGACCUCACAUCCUCCAUGUUCUUCGCCAACACUCUGGUCACCACCGUCGGGUAUGGUCAAUCCACUCCGCUGUCUGACACUGGGAAAGCUUUCUCCAUCCUCUAUGCCUUGAUAGGAGUCCCUUUCACCAUGCUGGUGCUCACCGCCUGCGUCCAGAGGAUCAUGUGUCCUCUGGUCCUCGUUCCCGUCAGGCUCCUUCAGCGGUCGGGCAUGGAGCCUCGGCCGGCCACGGUUGUCCACUUCCUGUUGCUGCUGCUUGUGGUGGUGGUGUGCUUCUUCGUGGUGCCGGCGGCCGUGUUCAGCUCAGUGGAGUUGUCCUGGUCGUUUUUGGAUGGCAUCUACUUCUGCUUCAUCUCGCUGUGCACCAUCGGACUGGGAGAUUUUGUUCCGGGGACGCAGCCUGGGCAGAAGUACAGGCAGCUGUACCAGGUCACCGUCAUGGUCUACCUGUUCCUGGGCCUGAUGAUGAUGUACCUCCUGCUGCGCACCUUCCACAAAAUGGCCGACCUGCACGGCCUGACCACCUUCCUGCAGCUGCCACACUGUGACGAGUCGGACCUGGACGACCGGGAGCCCAUCGUGGAGGAUCAGGCGCCCCCGUGCCAGACAGAGAAAAGGGCCAGCAAGCACCUGAAGCCAGGAUCCCAGCCCACUUACAACACCAUCAACUCAGGCUGAGCUGUGGGAGAGGAGGGGGUGGGGGGGGGAGAAGAAGCAGCUCUACCUCUGGCGCUCACACUAGUGGGCUGGAUCUGAAUUCUUCUCUUAAUUUGUUUCUUUUUUUGUAAGUCUCUUUGUUGAACGCAUCCAGAGGCGUAAUGAGGAAUUGAGAUGAGUUUAAAGAUUCAGCCUUUUGUGAGAGGACCGGCAAUAAGUGGUUACUACACACCGCUUUCUGCACAUACGAAAGGACUACGCUACCUUGACUACAGCAACCCGCCUGGGCUAAAUGAUGCCAUAACCGAUAUCGAUACAGCCGCGUUUGUUUACAGCCUCGGGAUAACCCGUGAAGGGCUCGAUGCAAAAACUUUUGAUACUCGGUUGGUUUUUAGAUCACUUUUGUCUUGCGUGCAUUUCUGUCAUGUUGCUUUAUGUGUCACCGGUCUUGGUUGCUUCUUUAGGACUGAAAAAAAAAAAAAAAAACUGUUAUUUUAAUUAUAAUUAAUUGUGCCUAACACAAUCGAGGAAGCACUUGCCAACUUUCAACUGAAUUUUGUUUUUAAUUUGGGUGCAUUGUCCAGCUCUUCCGCUUUACAGUAUUUGGGUGCAUAGUUCAGCUCCUUCACUUUAUAUUUCACAUAUGCACAAACAUCAUGGCCAAACCUCCUGUAAACCGUUGACCAGACCGUCCAAUCCUAUUUUUAGAGACAGGCUUGACCUCCACUCACUUUUGCACCACUUGAAUGCAACCACGUAAGCAUGACUUAACAACUACUGCAGUGAAACGACAUGUGAAACUGAAAAAAGCUUUAGAUCACUUCCUCAAAUAAAGGUCAAAUGUCGAACUACGCUGAGCAUUUAAAACACUGGGGAUGUUUACUGCAACGUGUUCAGUCAGAUUUCCUGUGUGAAAGUACUGACUUUUCUGCAUCAGUCUAGUCAGCCUUGAAGAGUACAGAAACCAUAGAUCUAUACAUACAUACAUAUAUCUAUGUACAGAAACCACAGAGCAGCACGGUUUGCCUCAGGACAUGAGCUGUCCUCCUUUUAUGGUGCUGCCCCCUUGUGUCUACAUGUAUGUUACUACAUCUCCAGAGCACAGGCUGUAAAAAGCUCCAGAGCAGUAAUAAAUAGGUUUAAAGGGUUGGAAUAGAGGGAUAAUGGAGGAAAAGAAAAAGAAAAAAUUGGCGGUAAAUAAAAAGUGAUUUCAUUUCCAAAAUGUUAUUGUUCUGUGUGAUUUUUACAUGUCACAAACACUUGAAAUGCACUUUAGUAUUUUACUAUCAAAGUUGUAAUUGUAUAAGAGGCUAAUUAUAUCCUGAUACUGUAAAAUAAGUUGUCUCUGUCCAUGUUGGUUGUAUAUGUUUGUAGUUUAAUACCAGUUCAACAUUUAUUUACGUUGGACAACAAUAAAUGAAAAAUAUAUUA